AAAAUUUCGAUCUUCUCAUAGAGAGAACAAAAUUUCUCUCUUCCCACCCUUCCGACGCCCAGCGAUCUCCAGUCUUCCUUUCGUUCGAGCGGGUGAAAAGAACAAAUCCAAACUUCACGCAAGGAAUCGAUGAGUUUUUAUAGCCGACGCUCUUCAUUUUCGUUGCUUUUUGUUGACAAAAGAGAGAUUUUUGGAUGAAAUUUUUUUCCUUAUUGAUUUUUUUUUCUUAAUUUUAGGAAUUAACAACAGUAUCUGUCGCUUUCAUUGCAGAAGCCGUCAAUUUCCUGUUCUUUCUUCCUCGCCUUUCCAAGUUCCAGCCAUCGUUUGUUCUUUAUCCCCUUUCCUCCGAAUCCUUGCCCCUCGCCUUCAUUUCCUUGUAGAGGGCUUUUAGAAAGGUGCCGGGAGCGAUUCAUGGCGAGUUUGGCUGGGCCUCGAGUAUACAGCUGUAGUAAUUGCCGAAAUGAGGUUUGCCUUCAUGACGAUGUCAUAUCGAAAGCUUUCCAGGGGAGAAACGGACGUGCAUUUCUGUUUUCUCAUGCCAUGAACAUAGUUGUUGGGCCAAAGGAAGAUAGGCAGCUGACCACAGGACUGCAUACAGUUGCUGAUAUCUAUUGCCGUGAUUGUCGUGAGGUGUUGGGUUGGAAGUAUGAAAGAGCUUAUGAAGAGACACAAAAAUACAAGGAAGGGAAGUUCAUAUUUGAGAAGUCAAAGAUUGUGAAGGAGAAUUGGUAGCAAACGUGAGGAUGGUCACUGAGUAAUCCUCACGAUAGAAGCUAUCUUUCUGUUUGGCAUGGCUGUCUGUGUGAUCUGAAUUAUGAACAGAACAAUCGGUUUCUGUAUAUAUGAUUGCUUCUAGUCAUAUUCCUUCCAAUUGUGCAUCUGUGUUCACUGCUUCUGUAAAGUUUGCCAAUUGGCAAAUGUUCAUCUAUGAAAAUGCACUCAUCUCGUAGAUGUUGGUCCCGAAGUCAUGUAAACAGUUGUUUUUUAGUUUGGACACCUAUAUGGAUCUUCAUUUCUUUUUCUCUUUUUAAAAA